CAGGACUGCUGUGAGGUUGCAGGCCGGCUCUUUGCUUGCCUGACGAUUUUAGCUCUUCCUCCACCUUCCCUUCUGGCACCGGUACCCAUCCCUUAGACUGUCUUUGCGCUGGACCCAUCUCCAUCUGACUCUGUCAGAUUCACCCAUAGUAACAGCAGCAGCAAACGGAAGAAAGGGGCCUGCUACUCGCACGGCUGCUAAGCUGUGGAUAGCGAAAGCUUUAAUUGAAUAAAACAAUGGCAACUGCUGAUAGUGAGACACACAAUCCCCUGGAACCUAGAAUCCCAAAGCUACAGUUUGUUCCCUUCACCAGUGCCUUGGAUGCGGGAUUCUGGCAUGAGCUGACACAGAAGAAACUUAAUGAGUAUAGAUUAGAUGAGACUCCAAAAGGUAUCAAAGGCUACUACUAUAAUGGUGAUCCUUUUGGUCUACCAGCUCGUUUAACAUUGGAGUUUAGUGCCUUUGAUGUGAAUGCUGCCACCCCGGCACAUUGCUGUCCUGCUGUUGGAACAUUAUAUAACACCAACACUUUUGAGUCUUUCAAAUCCUGUGAUAAGAAGUCACUUUUGGAAAAAGCAGCAAAUGAGAUAUGGGAGACAAUAAAAUCAGGGACUGCCCUUGAAAACCCCAUGCUCUUGAACAAAUUCCUGCUUCUGACUUUUGCAGAUUUAAAAAAGUAUCGCUUCUAUUACUGGUUUUGCUACCCUGCUCUCUGCUUCCCUGAUGGCAUACCUAUUGUUCAGCAGGCAGUCUGCCUAGGUGAAAGGUUCUCUUCAACUCAGAUUCAAGCGCUCCAGAAAGCAUAUGAUGAACUUUGCCAGAGGGAAGGAGUUACAGCCUUGCCUUACUUUUUAAUCAAGUAUAAUGACAAGUCUGUUUUGGUGUCACUGCUUAAAAACUGGAAUGAUUUUUUCCAAGAUCAAGAGGAAAAGGUGACAGUUGGAGUUUAUGAUCCCUGCAAUUUUACCCAGUAUCCAGGAUGGCCGCUGAGGAACUUACUGGUCAUGGCAGCACACAGAUGGGGUAGCCACCUCCAUUCAGUUGAAGUGCUCUGCUUCAGAGACAGGACCAUGCAAGGCGUGAGAGACAUAACACACAGCAGCAUCUUUGAAAUAAAGCUUCCACAGAUGCCACAGAGCCCAGUAGAUUGUCCAAAAGCUGUUGGAUGGGAGAAAAACCAAAAAGGAGGCAUGGGUCCAAGAAUGGUGAAUCUCAGCGAAUGUAUGGAUCCUAAAAGGUUAGCUGAGUCGUCUGUGGAUCUUAAUCUUAAAUUGAUGUGCUGGCGGUUGGUGCCUACUCUUGACCUGGAGAAGGUUGUGUCUUCUAAGUGUCUGCUGCUAGGAGCUGGUACGCUGGGUUGUUGUGUAGCCAGAACCUUAAUGGGAUGGGGAGUCAGACAGAUCACAUUUGUGGACAAUGCAAAGAUCUCCUAUUCCAACCCUGUACGGCAGCCUUUAUAUGAGUUUGAAGAUUGUCUCGGUGGUGGGAAGCCCAAGGCACUUGCGGCAGCAGACAGACUGCAAAAAAUAUUUCCAGGAGUGAAUGCAGAAGGAUUUAACAUGAGCAUCCCCAUGCCAGGUCACCCUGUGAAUUUUUCUGAAGUCACGAUGGAACAGGCUCGAAAGGAUGUGGCACAGCUUGAACGGCUCAUUGAUGCUCAUGAUAUUAUUUUCCUGUUAAUGGACACUAGGGAAAGUCGAUGGCUUCCUGCUGUCAUUGCAGCCAGCAAGAGGAAGCUGGUCAUCAAUGCUGCAUUGGGAUUUGAUACAUUUGUUGUGAUGAGACAUGGACUAAAGAAACCAAAGCAGCAGGAGUCUGGUGAUUCAUGUUCCAACAAUGCCUCUGGCUCUGCUGAUCUCCUGGGAUCAUCGCUCUUUUCAAACAUCCCUGGCUAUAAACUUGGCUGCUACUUCUGCAAUGAUGUUGUGGCACCGGGGGAUUCCACCAGGGAUCGGACAUUGGAUCAGCAGUGCACAGUCAGUCGACCAGGAUUAGCCAUGAUAGCUGGAGCCCUUGCAGUAGAGCUAAUGGCUUCUGUUUUGCAACAUCCAGAAGGUGGUUAUGCUGUUGCUAGCAGCAGUGAUGACAGAAUGAAUGAACCACCUACCUCUCUUGGGCUUGUGCCUCAUCAGAUUCGUGGCUUUUUAUCAAGAUUUGAUAAUGUCCUUCCUGUCAGCCUUGCAUUUGACAAGUGCACAGCCUGCUCUCCCAAAGUCCUUGACCAGUAUGAGCGAGAGGGGUUUAAUUUCCUUGCAAAAGUUUUUAAUUCCUCACAUUCCUUCUUAGAAGACCUAACAGGUCUGACUUUAUUACAUCAGGAAACUCAAGAUGCUGAGGGAUAUGGAAAAUGUGCCACUACCAUCAUAGUGACAAAGAAAAAAUGAGACACUUUCUGGCUUACGGGAAAAUGCAGUGGUUAAAGAUAUAUAAAAUCUUGACUGUGUGCCACUUAAAAUCAGACAGAUAAAAGUUCUGAACAGUGUUUUGUUUUGAUGAUUUGUGACCCUUUUGAUGCCUAUAAAUGUCUAUAUUGUUGUACAUCUAUAAUUAAUCUUGCAGUAUGAUAUAGUAAUACCCCAUGAAUGGUUUUAAAGUUGGCUUUAAGAAGUGAUUAUUCAGUUAUUGUAGCCUGCAUAAAAGGUUUUAGCUGUUUCUUCGGCUGGAAAUGUCUCAUCAGUUUUGCUUAACAAGUUUGCUGGGAUAAUGAUGACUUGGCUUUUGGUCUCAUGUUUUAACCUUUUAAAAUAAUUGCCACAGAUACUGGAGACAAGAAACCAUGUAAUACCUGAUGGUUUAUUAAAUCAGAUUGUUAACCCCCCCAGAAAUCAUUACUUGCAAUGAUAGGAUCCAACAACGAAACAAGUACUAUACAGUUUUUCAGGUGUUACUUAUUAGCACAAUAGUGGUGAUGCCUUGGUCUAAUUGCCAUACAUCAGUGACUUUUUCAGUUUGCUUAGAAGACUGUGUUGUUCUAAUGACAUAAUUAAAGGGAAUAAUA